AUGCGGGUUUGCUUAAUUGCUUCUCUGCCAGCGUUUCCCCCAAAGCUGUUUGCCGCCUUAAUUUACCAUCUUAAGGUGAGUCACUCUCUCUUUUCUUUGGCGCCACCUCCUGCUUCGUUUUGGCGCCUCCAUAUGUUCCCUCGCUCUCUCUCGUCGAUCGCCGACUCCAGCCGCUCGUCGGUCGCCGCUGCCCCUCGCCGGUCGCCGCUGCUACUGUCCGGUGCUCGUUCUUUGCUGCCAUCGUCUUCAACAUCGACAGGAUCUUGCAAAGGCAAAAACGAUCUUGACUCAGCAAUGGAUUCUUCUGCGAAAUCUUUCAAUCCAAACAAGCAUUUGAAAGAAGAAUUUGUGAGCAACCUAACUGGAUCUUCCAUGGCUGAAGUUUUUGUACUUUCAGCAAUAUUUUCUAUGCUUAUUCUCCUGCGACAUACCAUCGGCAUCUACAACAAAAUAGAUGAAGAAACUUCAUCAAAGAAAAAAACAAAAACAGUUGGGUCAUGGGGGGCUUACAUCAUCAGAAUGAUAGUAGAUUUCCUCUCCAUUGUUCUUCCUAUCACUCUCGUUUCUACAGUUCUAUCAGAAUGGAAUUACAUCAUUGGGGUUGUAUUUGUAUUUGUAUUGGUGUUGUUUUUGUAUUUUGCAUAUAAGAGAGAUGGAUGUUGGUAUCAGGAAGAAGGGGUUCAUAUUCAUUCUCUUAGGGAAUGUGUAUCAUCAUACAGGGUUUCAUUGAUGCUUAUCACAUGUGUUUGUAUUUUGGCUGUUGACUUCAACAUAUUCCCUAGAAGAUAUGCUAAAACCGAGACUUAUGGGACUAGUUUGAUGGAUGUUGGGGUAGGUGCAUUUGUUUUUGCAAAUUCAUUGGUUUCACGUCAAGCUCGGGGAGUUUCUACAAUGGGUUUAAACUUAAAAAGUGCACUCUCCUCUACUAGCCCACUACUAGUGCUAGGUUUUGCUAGACUUGUUUUUACAUCUGGUGUUGACUAUCAGGUUCAUGUGGGAGAAUAUGGUGUUCACUGGAACUUCUUCUUCACACUUGCUGGUGUCGCGGUGCUGACAUCACUUGUCAAUGUCUCUCCAAACUAUUGUGGGCUUUUAGGUUCAUUGGUACUAAUAGGCUACCAAAUUUGCCUAAUGACUGGAUUGAACGUGUAUCUGCUAUCUGCUGAAAGAGGAACAGACAUCAUCAGUCAAAACAAACAAGGAAUCUACAGCAUAUUCGGAUAUUGGGGGCUACAUCUUAUUGGUGUUUGGUUAGGCAACAAUCUUUUGUUUGGGAAGAAUAAUGAUUGGGCAAGAAAGAGAGUUUGGAUUCUAUUUCUUUUCUUCUGGUGUUUGACCUUGAUUCUGGAUAGUUAUGUUGAAAGACCUUCGCGUAGAAUGUGCAACCUGACAUAUGUCACCUUCGUAUUGGCUACAAACCUACAGACCUUGGGAAUAAUAAUGCUCUCUGGUGGUAAAAAGGUGUCACUGCUGGAACAAGCAAUCAACCGAAACUUGCUAGCGGUUUUCAUUGUGGCAAAUUUAUUAACAGGAUUAGUGAAUUUAUCGAUGAAUACCCUGUUUGUGUCUCCACUCACAGCACUAUUUAUAUUAGUUGCAUAUGGUUUUAUUAUUUGUUGUGUUGCUGGAUUUGCAGAUUAUAAUGGAAAAAUUUGUCGUUUAGAAGUUGUUAAAGAUGUUCAUAUUCUUGAUCUAUCAUGGACAUUGCCAUGUCUUCGAAAAGACUACACAAAGAAAGAAAAAGACUAUUUGGAACAUCUCGUAGGGCAUGAGGGCAGAGGAAGCUUACUUUUCUUUUUAAAAGCAAAAGGGUGGGCAACUUCUAUAUUUGCUGGUGUUGGUGAUGAUGGAAUGCAUAUAUCUUCAAUAACAUAUGUUUUCGGCAUGUCUAUUUACCUCACUGACUCUGGUCUUGAAAAGUGUUCACAACAAUGGAACAUGAAGAUCAUCAUACAGUGGUCUAAAACACAGAGGUGUUUCAACAUUUGGAAUCAGAUGUCCUGCUUUGAGACCACCACUCCGCACCGACCCCUUUAUAUGUAA